CGUUCUCUCCUCGCCGAGAGACCAAGCGGCCACGAAGCGGCCACCGUGCGGCCAGCCCGCCGUUGACUUGGGCCUGUUGUCCGCAAGACCGCUGCCGUCCUUUGGUAGGAGCGGUCGUCGAUACAGGAUGGUCCAAAAAAACACAGCGCAUUUAAGGAAGCUCCUCCUGCGAUACUAUCCACCGGGUAUAUAAUGGAACAUGCAUCAUGGGCUCGGGUGCUGCCUGCCAUAUUCGGACGAAGCAGCAUUGAGUGCGUGACGAACGGGCUUUUGGAUGUGGCUGGCUUCUCACACAGCGUCAACAUCCAUCUGGCGGGUGUGGUGCUAGGGAUCAUACUCGAAUACGAGCAUCAGUCAAGCAUCAAAACGAAAGUUGUCGACGUCUCCGCAGCCGAGCUCGUGUGCCGAUCCGAGGAUCCUUCUGAUGCAAUCGAUUUGGAGAGCCUCGCACGGAAGCUUGUUAUAUCCGAACCCAUGAUCCCAGACUCCAAGACAGACAAAGUUGUGAUAUUGCUCAAAAAGCUCUCUGAGAAACUGCAAACAGCUUCUCGACCCCAGCUGUUCCAAAAGUGCUACCAGAAGACCACACAUAGCAUGCCGCUUACAAACUGCGCCUUCAACAAGUCUGGCGAUAGAUUUCUUACUGGAAGCUACGAUAGAUCAUGCAAGAUAUGGGACUCGGAUUUGGGGAGGGAGCUAGCCACACUAGAAGGCCAUAAAAAUGUCGUCUACGCCAUGACAUUCAACAAUCCAUUUGGGGAUAAAGUCUUGACCGGUUCAUUCGAUAAGACAUGCAAGCUAUGGAGCGUCGAAACAUCAAAGUGUUUGCACACACUCAAGGGGCACAGUCGAGAGAUUGUUUGCUUGGGAUUCAACCCUCAAAGCUCGAUCGUGGCUACCGGAAGCAUGGACAAUACCGCAAUCAUAUGGGAUCUCCGUUCCGGGAACGAGAUAUGCAAGUUCAAGGGCCACUCUGCAGAAGUGAUAUGUCUCGAAUUCAAUGCGCACAGCGAUUUGUUCCUGACCGGAUCGUUCGAUGCCACGGUAAACAUCUGGGAUAUUCGAAUGACGAGAAACAUACACACUCUGAUUGGACAUCGUGCCGAGAUUUCGGGGGCUCACUUCAACUACCAGUCAUCCAAGGUUCUCACCGGGUCGAUGGAUGGCACGGCCCGGGUUUGGGACGUAUUAACUGGAACAGCACUGGCGACUCUACGAGAUCACUCGGACGAGGUCUUCGAUGUAUGUUUCAGCCUUGACGGAUCCAAGAUUGCCACGGCGUCUGCGGAUCAAACGGCAAGAGUGUACGACUCCACAACGUUUGAUUGCAACCACAUCAUGGAGGGCCAUCACGGCGAAAUCACCAAGGUGGGUUGGUGGACAGAGUAGUCUUGCAACACCGUUGCUAUUCAAAUUACCCACGCGCAUGAGUGUGUCCAGAUCAGCUUUAACUCGCAGGGAUCAAUGCUCCUCACCUC